AUGACCCUGGGCAGCUGCUGCUGCGAGAUCAUGUCCUCCGAGAGCUCCCCGGCCACUCUGUCCGAGGCGGACGCAGACAUAGACGUUGUGGGCGGCGGCAGCGGUGGGGGGGAGCUCCCAGCCCACUCCGGGCCCCGCGCCCCCCGGGACGUGCUCCCCCACGGCCCCGAGCUUCCCCCAGAGGAAGCAGAGGCAGACGCAGCUGAGGACGAGGAGUCGGGCGGCUGCUCGGACGGCGAGCCGCGCGCUCUAGCGCCCAGGGGGGCGGCGGCUACGGCGGGAAGCAAGCGCCUGACGCUGAGCGAGAUCUGCGAGUUCAUCAGCGGCCGCUUCCCCUACUACCGGGAGAAGUUCCCCGCCUGGCAGAACAGCAUCCGCCACAACCUCUCGCUCAACGACUGCUUCGUCAAGAUUCCCCGGGAGCCGGGCAACCCCGGCAAGGGCAACUACUGGACGCUGGACCCGGAGUCGGCCGACAUGUUCGACAACGGCAGCUUCCUGCGGCGCCGCAAGCGCUUCAAAAGGCAGCCACUGCCGCCGCCGCACCCUCACCCGCAUCCGCACCCGGAGCUGCUGCUGCGCGGCGGGGCCGCGGGGGCCGGGGACCCCGGCGCCUUUCUGCCGGGCUUCGCCGCUUACGGCGCCUACGGCUACGGCUACGGGCUGGCGCUCCCGGCCUACGGCGCACCCCCUCCGGGCCCGGCCCCGCAUCCACAUCCGCAUCCGCACGCCUUCGCCUUCGCCGCCGCCGCGCCUUGCCAGUUGUCGGUGCCCCCGGGACGCGCCGCUGCACCUCCUCCCGGACCCCCGACGGCCUCCGUGUUCUCGGGUGCAGCCUCAGCUCCGGCCCCCGCUCCUGCCCCGGGCGGCGGGUCGGGCCCCGGCCCCGCAGGCCUGCCUGCCUUCCUGGGCGCAGAGCUGGGCUGCGCCAAAGCUUUCUAUCCCGCGUCGCUGAGCCCUCCGGCGGCCGGCACGGCGGCGGGUCUGUCCAGCGCACUGCUGCGCCAGGGGCUCAAGACGGACGUGGGUGGUGGUGCGGCCGGCGGGGUCUCGGGGGCCGGCCAGAGGCCUUCCUUCUCUAUAGACCACAUUAUGGGCCACGGUGGCGGCGGGGCAGCACCCCCGAGCGGCGGCGAGGGCUCCCCGGGAUCGCCCUUCGCGUCGGCUGCAGGCCCUGGGGGGCAAGCCCAGGUUUUGGCCAUGCUGACUGCCCCGGCUCUGGCUCCAGUGGCCGGCCACAUUCGCCUCUCGCAUCCCGGGGACACGCUGCUCUCCUCGGGACCCCCGUUUGCCGGAAAAGUCGGGGGCCUCAGUGGCUGCCACUUCUGA